AUGAAAGAUGAUGACGAGGAACACGCAGAGACUCGAUCAGCACCCGGUGAUUUGAAUGAGGAAGCGGCUGAGGCAAGAAGUCGAAGGGAAAGAUAUCAACGACACCAAAGAAAUGCCCCUGGAUUUACCUCCGGUCCUCCAUGGCCCACUCACAAAAAGGAGCCCUGGCAGCGGGAGAUUGAGGUGAAACAAGAACGGUUAAUAGAAAAGGAGAUCCACGUGCUGGCUCAAGAAUCUCAGUGUGGGCUCGGAAAAUGGAGGCCAAAAUGGAUGCAACGAUUCGCGACAAAGCAUUGGAUGUUAUUAUGGUUGUGUUGGUAUUGCACAGUUCAAGGGUUAAUAGUGAAUGGAUUGGUUCCCUCUUCGAUUACUUCCAUUGAGAGACGGUUCAAGCUCCCGACGAGUACGAUUGGACGGAUAAUGCAGUUCUACGACUUUGGCUACGUGCUUUUUUGUAUCCCGGUUUCGUAUUUUGGUGGUCGACACUCGAAGCCAGCCGUUCUCGCGUGUGGACUGAUGCUGAUGGCUUUGGGCUCAUUGCUUUUCUCCACUCCGCACAUGAUCGCCGACUCUUACACGCAAGCAACAAGCGGUGAUGAGGCCUAUGGGAAAUGUGCUAGUCCAUUGACCCUCUUCGCCAAUGGAUCCACAGACCCGGUAGCCAGCGUGGCCGCUAGUCGGCAGUGUCCAGCUCCAGAAAAUCAGCCUGGCACCUUCCGAUAUGUGUUCCUCUUCUGUUUGGCUCAUUUUCUGCACGGAAUCGGCGCCACUCCACUCUUCACAAUCGGCGUUUCGUUCAUCGAUGAGAAUGUCGGUCCAGCUUUGUCAUCGCUUUUUGUCGGAAUUUUCUACGCUUUUGCCAUCUUCGGCCCAGCUUUCGGCUUCUUGAUCUCCGGGAAUUUCCUUCAGUACCACACCGACUUUUUGCAUCUGCCACCAGAGCAAUUCUUGAAAGUUGUCAACUUGGAGGAGACCGAUCCGAGAUGGGUUGGCGCGUGGUGGUUGGGCUUUCAAUUAGCAACGGUGAUCGCUCUCGUGGCCGUGUUCCCGAUUAUGGCCUUACCGAAAGUGUUACCGGACUCCUUGAAAUGGCACAGAUCCCGUCUUCGCAAUGAGACGUUGACGGGCGGCAAGAAAAGAACUCCGGAAUGUUGUGGAGUGCCGGCAAGUGGGAAAACGGCGGCAAUCACUGGAGGCGAAUUGUUGUUAGAUGAUAAAGCCGCUUCAAAUGCUUUACACGACUCAAUGCCGGCAGUCACCGCGCCGAGGAAAGGGCCACUUUGGUAUCAACUCUGGUUGGAUGUCAGACACAUUCCAAUCGCCAUCUACCGCAUUCUCUCUAAUGGUUCCUACAUGUUAAUCACUCUGGCGAUGGCUAUUGAUGGUCUUGUUGUGACAGGAGCGAGUUCAUUCAUGUCAAAGUAUCUGGAGAGGCAAUUCAACGUGGCUCCCAGCAAGGCAAAUGUGUUGAUCGGCUGUAUCAUGGUUCCAAUGGCUGGAGUGGGCACGAUGCUCUCCGGUUUCAUUGUUCAACAAUUCCGACUCAGCUGUGUGAAGACACUCAAAUUCUCGAUUGCUCUUCUCUUCUUUUCACUCCUUUUAACUCCGAUGUAUCUCAUCUAUUGUGAUCAUGAUCCACUUGUUGGUGUUGAGGAACAUUAUCCUGGAAGCCAAGAGGCUUUUGAUUUCAAGUCAGAUCCUUCAAAAGGUCUCUCUUUGUACAGUCAAUGCAACAAAGAAUGUGAUUGUUUGGAGGCUGAAUAUCAUCCGGUAUGCGCUGAGUUCACCGACGGAACUCAGAAAUCUUUCUAUUCACCGUGUUUUGCCGGGUGUCCUGAUGCUUAUCAAACAUCGAGAAAGUUCUAUGACAAUUGCACCUGUGUCCCAAAUAAUACAAAAGGUGCGCCAAUGCGUUUGAAGAAAGGAUUCUGUGAGUCGAAAUGUUCGGGUCUUUUCGGGUUUCUCGUUCUCUUCGCUCCGCUCUCUUUCUGCACUUUUGCUGUUGGUGUACCAUUGAUUUCCGUGGUUCUACGAACCGUUGACUACGCUGAACGAUCAUUUGCCUUGGGUAUUCAAUGGAUUCUUGUUCGGGUGAUUGGCACAAUCCCUGCACCUGUUUUAUUCGGUUGGAUGUUCGACGUGAGCUGUAUCCAAACGAGUAAAGAUGAAUGUUCUGGAGAGUCUGGCAGUUGUAUGUUGUAUGUAAACAAGUUGUUGGCCGAUCUUUUCUUAACGUUUUCUAUCAUUGGACAGUCUCUUGCAAUGGUCAUCUUGAUUUGUGUGCUUGUUUUCUUCGGAAGUUCGAUGAGAGAUGAGGCAUUGCCGAUGAAAGCUGAAGAGACGGAAGGUGCUGAAGUAGAAGCUGGCGAAAUCGAGCAUGAAAUCCCCGAGAAAGAGCCGCUGACAGUUGGCAGUGAA